CCCUGGGGGCCCCGGAGUCCCUGCAGCCAGAGCCAGGACACCCUGUCAGCCCGCUCCUGCCCUUUUGAUCUUCUUCAGACUCCGCCAUGGCGCUCAGCGACGGGGAGUGGCAGCUGGUCCUGAACACCUGGGGGAAGGUGGAGGCCGACAUCCCGGGCCACGGGCAGGAGGUCCUCAUCAGGCUGUUCCAGGGCCACCCCGAGACCCUGGAGAAGUUCGAAAAGUUCAAGAACCUGAAGUCGGAGGGUGACAUGAAGGCGUCCGAGGACCUGAAGAAGCACGGCACCACGGUGCUCACGGCCCUGGGCGGCAUCCUCAAGAAGAAGGGGCAGCACCAGGCCGAGCUGGCGCCGCUGGCACAGUCCCACGCCAACAAGCACAAGAUCCCCAUCAAGUACCUGGAGUUCAUCUCGGAGGCCAUCAUCCAGGUCCUGCAGGCCAAGCAGGGCGGCGACUUCGGGGCCGACGCCCAGGGCGCCAUGAGCAAGGCCCUGGAGCUGUUCCGGAACGACAUCGCGGCCAAGUACAAGGAGCUGGGGUUCCAGGGCUAGAGCCCCCCGCCCGCCCCGGCCCGGGGAGCAGGGCUGCCUCGCGCCGCCCGCCGUGUGCAGAGCCUGUCCUGAGUGUCUGGGCGGCGGCAGGAGGGCGGCGGGUGCAGGGUGCGAGGGGCUCCCGGCCCCCGGGGACCAGGGACAGCGCGGCCCCCCGCCCACGCGGCCCCCUCCCACCUCCCCCCAGCGGGCGCCCCGGGCUCAAGCUGGCACCGACCCCAGCGGGGGUCGCCCUGCUCCCCCCCCCGCCCCCCCGAACGGCCGGGUGUCCCUCUGCAGAGGGACAGGGCCAGCCCCCGCCCCCCCAACGUUAGCCCCCUCCGCUCCCGCGCCCGCGGGGCUCAA